ACCGAAAAAAAUCAUGAAAUCACUUUCGACUUGAACAUUUUUAUAGCAUUUUGAGAAUAGUUUUUGAUGUAAAAAUUGUUUCUGUAAAAAAUGACUUAUGUAAUUGGUAUUGAUGUUGGUACAAGUAGUGUGAGGGGAGCAUUGGUUACCAAAUCAGGUGAAGUAGUUAAAGUUUUUGUUCAGCCGAUCACCACUUGGAACCCUAAAGCAAAUUUUUAUCAACAAUCAACUAAUGAAAUUUGGUCAGUUUGUUCCAUCAUUAUCAAACAUCUAAUAAGCGAUGUUUCCCCCAGAGAAGUAAAAGGCAUUGGUUUUGAUGCCACUAGCUCAAUGGUAGUUUUGGAUUCGAAAGGAAACCCAGUAUCAGUUAAUCCUGGAGAUAAUGAUGAACAAAACGUUAUGUUAUGGAUGGAUCAUCGAGCAGAAGAAGAAACCAAAUUUAUUAAUAAAACAAAACAUCCAGUUUUGAAAUACGUAGGAGGAAAAAUAUCAGUUGAAAUGAUGGCCCCCAAGAUAUUAUGGCUAAAAAAGAAUAAUCCGGAGUGUUGGAAAAAAGCAGCAUAUUUUCUCUCAUUGCCUGAUUUUAUGACAUAUAGAGCCACAGGAGAAGAACAUAGAUCUUUGUGUUCUUUGGUCUGUGACUGUAAUUUUCAACAUUUUCCUGACGAUUCUUAUUGGUGCGAAGAAUUCUUUGAUGUGAUUGGUCUGGCCGAUUUAGCUGAUGAAAAUUUCAAAAAAGUUGGAAAUGUAGUCAUUAAACCUGGUGAACUUUGUGGCAAACUUACCGCAAAAGCUGCACUUGAAACUGGUCUACUUUCCGGAACUCCAGUAUCCUCUGCUUUAAUUGACGCUCAUGCUGGAGGAUUAGGGGUUAUGGGAUGUUCAGCAGAACACGUGUCCCCUGAUUUUACUACUAGAUUAGCUAUGAUAUGCGGCACUUCAGCGUGCCAUAUGGCUCAAACGAAAAAAGAAAUUCAGGUGCCAGGUGUAUGGGGACCGUUUUACAACAUAAUGGUGCCCGAUUUAUGGUUGCUAAAAGGUGGCCAAUCAGUAUCUGGUAGACUUAUUGAUCAUAUUAUUGAUACACACCCAGCGAGCAUUCAGAUAAAGCAGAAAUGUGUCGAUAAACAUAUUACUCAAUACUUGAAUGAUCUUCUAUAUGAAAAGGCCAAAAAACAAAAUCUCACUUCCAUCGACGAAUUAACCAAAGAUAUACACAUCUGGCCAGACUUUCAUGGUAAUCGUUCUCCUGUUGCUGAUCAAGAGCUACGUGGAAUGAUCAAUGGAUUGACUUUGGCCCAUGACGAAGAAGAUCUAGCCAUUCGAUAUUUAGCAACAAUUCAAGCAUUAGCUUAUGGUACGAAACAUAUCAUCGAUGCUAUGAUCGAGGCAGGUCAUAAUGUCAUUCAAUCAGUCAUACUUUGCGGAGGAGUUAGCAAAAAUAAGGUAUACGUCAACACCCAUGCUAACGCAAUCGGGUUACAAGUUCUGAUACCAGAAGAAACCGAAUCUGUUUUGCUGGGAGCUGCAAUGUUGGGUGCAUCUGUUGCCGGGUUUUAUGAAAAUUUGCAGCAAGCGAUUCGUGAAAUGGCUGGCCCAGCUAAACAUGUAAAACCUCAUGCUGAUGUCAGAAGCUACCACGAUAAAAAAUAUCAAGUGUUUCUGGAAAUGCUGAAUCAUCAGAAACUAAUUCGAUCAAUUAUGGAAUUGGAAACGUAGGAAACGAAAGAAUUAGCACAUUAAUCAAAUUGUGAAUUAUUUUCUUCAUAAGUAAAUAAAAAUAACUCAA